GGGGGCCGGGAUUAACCUUUCACCUCCGCACUUCGUCCAAUCACAGGGCGGCUUUCAUGCGGCCGCGGGGCGAGCAAGCGACGGGGCGCGGAGAGGUGGCGCGACGCCGGUGGGAUUCUCCAAGCCGCUGUGCGCCGUCGCCGCGGGCCGAGCGCGGGCUGCGGCCGAGCAGGGCGCUGCGCAGUCUCCGCAGGCGCGGGCGGGAGGGGUCGGGGCGCGGCGCGGUGAGGCGCGGGCGGCUCCGGGCCCAGGUGAAUGGAGUAACCUGACAGCGGGAACGAGGCGACGGCGAGCGGCAGGAAAUGGCGGCGGCGGCGGCGGCGCCGGGCGGCACAGGGAGGCCUGGGCUGUGACGCGCGCGCCGGAGCGGGGUCCGAUGGUUCUGGAAGGCCCGCGGCGCCCAGUGCUGCAGGUUACCUAGGGUAUGCAUAAAUACAGACUUGGAAACUCUGAAAGAACUUAGAGUCAGCAUUUCGAGAGCAGAAGCUUGGGCAUGCUGUGGUUUUCCAAUAAACUCUCACAAUGUCAGAAUGCAGUUCAGACAGCAGCAACACAGAGGUCGCAGACAUUAAAACGUAAGCUGUGCUAGAACAAAAUGCAAUGAAAGAAACACUGGAUGAAUGAAAAGCCCUGCUUUGCAGCCCCUCAGCAUGGCAGGCCUGCAGCUCAUGACCCCUGCUUCCUCACCAAUGGGUCCUUUCUUUGGACUGCCAUGGCAACAAGAAGCAAUUCAUGAUAACAUUUAUACUCCAAGAAAAUACCAGGUUGAGCUGCUGGAAGCGGCUCUGGACCAUAACACCAUUGUCUGCUUGAAUACCGGCUCAGGGAAGACGUUCAUCGCGGUCCUGCUCACCAAAGAGCUGGCCCAUCAGAUCAGGGGCGACCUCAACCCACAUGCAAAAAGGACCGUGUUCCUCGUCAACUCUGCAAACCAGGUUGCUCAACAAGUCUCAGCUGUCAGAACCCACUCAGAUCUCAAGGUUGGGGAGUAUUCAAACCUAGAAGUCAAUGCAUCUUGGACAAAAGAGAGAUGGAGCCAAGAGUUUACUAAGCACCAGGUUCUCAUUAUGACUUGCUAUGUCGCCUUGAAUGUUUUGAAGAAUGGUUACUUGUCACUGUCAGACAUUAACCUUCUGGUGUUUGAUGAGUGCCAUCUUGCAAUUCUAGACCACCCCUAUCGAGAAAUUAUGAAGCUCUGUGAAAGUUGUCCAUCAUGCCCUCGAAUUUUGGGACUAACAGCUUCAAUUUUAAAUGGAAAAUGUGAUCCAGAGGAAUUAGAAGAAAAGAUUCAGAAACUGGAGAAGAUUCUUAAGAGUAAUGCCGAGACUGCGACUGACCUUGUGGUCUUAGACAGAUACACUUCUCAGCCGUGUGAGAUUGUGGUAGAUUGUGGACCAUUUACUGACAGAAGUGGGCUUUAUGAAAGACUGCUGAUGGAAUUAGAAGAAGCACUUAAUUUUAUCAAUGAUUGUAAUGUAUCUGUACAUUCAAAGGAAAGAGAUUCUACUCUGAUUUCCAAACAGAUACUCUCAGAUUGCCGUGCAGUGUUGGUUGUUCUGGGACCCUGGUGUGCGGACAAAGUAGCCGGCAUGAUGGUAAGAGAACUGCAGAAGUACAUCAAACACGAGCAAGAGGAGCUGCACAGGAAGUUCUUACUGUUUACAGACACUUUGCUGAGGAAAAUACAUGCACUGUGUGAAGAGCACUUCUCACCUGCCUCACUUGACCUGAAGUAUGUGACUCCUAAAGUAAUGAAACUGCUUGAGAUCCUGCGCAAAUACAAGCCCUAUGAGCGACAGCAGUUUGAAAGUGUUGAGUGGUACAAUAAUAGGAAUCAGGAUAAUUAUGUGUCCUGGAGUGAUUCUGAGGAUGAUGAUGAUGAUGAAGAAAUUGAAGAAAAGGAAAAGCCAGAGACAAAUUUCCCUUCUCCAUUUACCAAUAUUUUAUGUGGAAUUAUUUUUGUGGAAAGAAGAUACACAGCAGUUGUCCUGAACAGAUUGAUAAAGGAAGCUGGCAAACAAGAUCCAGAGCUGGCUUAUAUCAGUAGCAACUUUAUAACUGGACAUGGCAUUGGGAAGAACCAGCCUCGCAGCAAACAGAUGGAAGCAGAGUUCAGAAAGCAAGAGGAGGUACUUCGGAAAUUUCGAGCUCACGAGACUAACCUGCUCAUUGCAACAAGUGUCGUAGAAGAGGGUGUGGAUAUUCCCAAAUGCAACUUGGUGGUUCGUUUUGAUUUGCCCACGGAGUAUCGAUCAUAUGUUCAGUCUAAAGGACGAGCACGAGCCCCGAUCUCUAACUAUGUGAUGUUAGCAGAUACAGACAAGAUAAAGAGCUUCGAAGAAGACCUUAAGACCUACAAAGCUAUAGAAAAGAUCUUAAGAAACAAGUGUUCAAAGUCAGUGGAUGGUGCUGAGGCUGACGUUGAUGCCGUUGUAGAUGAUGAUGAUGUGUUCCCACCAUAUGUAUUGAGGCCUGAUGACGGGGGUCCACGAGUCACGAUUAACACUGCCAUUGGACACGUCAACAGAUAUUGUGCUCGAUUACCAAGUGAUCCGUUUACACAUCUAGCUCCCAAAUGUAGAACCCGAGAGUUACCUGAUGGUACAUUUUAUUCAACUCUUUAUCUUCCGAUUAACUCACCUCUCCGAGCCUCCAUUGUUGGUCCACCAAUGGGCUGUGUACGGUUGGCUGAAAGAGUGGUAGCUCUCAUUUGCUGUGAAAAACUGCACAAGAUUGGUGAACUGGAUGAACAUUUGAUGCCUGUUGGGAAAGAGACUGUUAAAUAUGAAGAAGAGCUUGACUUACAUGAUGAAGAGGAGACCAGUGUUCCAGGAAGACCAGGAUCCACAAAGCGAAGGCAGUGCUACCCUAAAGCAAUUCCAGAGUGCUUGAGGGAGAGUUACCCCAAACCUGAUCAGCCUUGUUACCUGUAUGUGAUAGGGAUGGUCUUAACUACCCCCCUCCCUGAUGAACUCAACUUCAGGCGACGGAAGCUCUACCCCCCAGAGGACACCACAAGAUGCUUUGGAAUCCUGACCGCCAAACCCAUACCUCAGAUUCCUCACUUUCCUGUGUAUACACGCUCUGGAGAAGUCACCAUAUCCAUUGAGCUGAAGAAGUCUGGUUUCACAUUGUCUCAACAAAUGCUUGAGCUGAUUACAAGACUCCACCAGUAUAUAUUCUCACAUAUUCUUCGCCUGGAAAAACCCGCCCUAGAGUUUAAACCUACAGGCGCUGAGUCAGCAUACUGUGUUCUACCUCUUAAUGUUGUUAAUGGCUCUAGCACUCUGGACAUUGACUUUACAUUCAUGGAGGAUAUUGAGAAGUCUGAAGCUCGUAUAGGCAUUCCCAGCACCAAGUACUCAAAAGAAACACCGUUUGUUUUUAAGUUAGAAGAUUACCAAGAUGCAGUUAUCAUUCCAAGAUACCGCAAUUUUGAUCAGCCUCAUCGAUUUUACGUAGCUGAUGUGUACACUGAUCUUACCCCACUCAGUAAAUUUCCUUCCCCUGAAUAUGAAACUUUUGCAGAAUAUUAUAAAACAAAGUACAAUCUUGACCUGACCAAUCUCAACCAGCCACUGCUGGAUGUCGACCACACAUCUUCCAGACUUAACCUUUUGACACCUCGGCAUUUGAAUCAGAAGGGGAAAGCACUUCCUCUAAGCAGUGCUGAAAAGAGGAAAGCCAAAUGGGAAAGUCUGCAGAACAAACAGAUACUAGUUCCAGAACUCUGUGCUAUACAUCCAAUUCCAGCAUCACUGUGGAGAAAAGCGGUUUGUCUCCCCAGCAUUCUUUAUCGCCUUCACUGCCUUUUGACUGCAGAGGAGCUAAGAGCUCAGACAGCCAGCGAUGCUGGUGUGGGAGUAAGAUCACUUCCUGCAGAUUUUAGAUACCCUAACUUAGACUUCGGGUGGAAAAAAUCUAUUGAUAGCAAGUCUUUCAUCUCAACCUGUAACUCCUCGUUGGCUGAAAAUGAUAAUUACUGUAAGCACAGCACAAUUAUAGUCCCUGAAAAUGCUGCACAUCAAGGUGCUACUAGAACCUCCUUAGAAAACCAUGACCAAAUGUCUGUGAACUGCAGAAGGCUACCUGCUGAGUCACCUGGGAAGCUCCAGAUUGAAGUUUCAACAGAUCUUACAGCAAUUAAUGGUCUUACUUACAACAAAAAUCUUGCCAAUGGCAGUUAUGAUUUAGUUAACAGAGACUUUUGCCAAGGAAAUCAGCUGAAUUACUUCAAGCAGGAAAUACCUGUACAACCAACUACCUCAUAUUCCAUUCAGAAUUUAUACAAUUAUGAGAACCAGCCCAAGCCCAGCAAUGAAUGUACUCUGAGUAAUAAAUACCUUGAUGGAAACGCUAACACAUCUACCUCAGAUGGAAGCCCCGCGGUGUCCACGAUGCCUGCCAUGAUGAAUGCUGUUAAUGCAUUCAAGGACAGGAUGGACUCUGAGCAGAGCCCUUCUGUUGGGUACUCCUCAAGGACUCUUGGUCCCAAUCCUGGACUAAUUCUUCAGGCUUUGACACUGUCAAAUGCUAGUGAUGGGUUUAACCUGGAGCGGCUUGAGAUGCUUGGCGACUCCUUUUUAAAGCAUGCUAUCACCACAUAUCUCUUUUGCACUUACCCUGAUGCUCAUGAGGGCCGCCUUUCAUAUAUGAGAAGCAAAAAGGUCAGCAACUGUAACCUGUAUCGCCUUGGCAAGAAGAAGGGGCUGCCCAGCCGCAUGGUAGUGUCGAUAUUUGAUCCUCCUGUGAAUUGGCUUCCUCCUGGUUAUGUGGUAAAUCAAGACAAAAGUAACGCAGAUAAAUGGGAAAAGGAUGAAAUGACAAAAGACUGUUUGCUGGCUAAUGGCAAACUAGGUGAGGACUGUGAGGAGGAGGACCUGACGUGGAGGGCUCCCAAGGAGGAGGCUGAAUAUGAAGACGACUUCCUGGAGUAUGAUCAGGAGCACAUACAGUUUAUAGACAGCAUGUUAAUGGGGUCAGGAGCCUUUGUGAAGAAAAUUUCUCUUUCUCCUUUUACAACCUCUGAUUCUGCUUAUGAAUGGAAAAUGCCCAAAAAGUCCUCCUUAGGCAGUAUGCCGUUUUCCUCAGACCUUGAGGAUUUUGACUACAGCUCUUGGGAUGCAAUGUGCUAUCUGGAUCCUAGCAAAGCUGUUGAAGAGGAUGACUUUGUGGUAGGUUUCUGGAAUCCAUCAGAAGAAAACUGUGGCGUUGACACAGGGAAGCAGUCCAUUUCUUACGACUUGCACACGGAGCAGUGCAUUGCUGACAAAAGCAUAGCAGAUUGUGUGGAGGCCCUGCUGGGCUGUUAUUUAACCAGCUGUGGCGAGAGGGCUGCUCAGCUUUUCCUCUGUUCACUGGGACUGAAGGUACUCCCAGUCAUCAAAAGGACCAGCCGGGAAAAGGCCCUGUACCCUGCUCAGGAGAACUUCAGCAGCCAACAAAAGAGCCUUUCAGGGAGCUGUGCUGCCGCUGCAGCCAGCCCACGCUCCUCUGCAGGGAAAGACUUGGAGUACGGCUGCCUGAAGAUCCCACCAAGGUGUAUGUUUGACCAUCCAGAUGCAGAGAAAACCCUGAACCACCUGAUUUCUGGGUUUGAAAAUUUUGAGAAGAAAAUCAACUACAGAUUCAAGAAUAAGGCUUACCUUCUGCAGGCUUUUACACAUGCCUCCUACCACUACAACACUAUCACUGAUUGUUACCAGCGCUUAGAAUUCCUGGGAGAUGCGAUUUUGGACUACCUCAUAACCAAGCACCUUUAUGAAGACCCACGGCAGCAUUCCCCAGGGGUCCUGACUGACCUGCGCUCUGCCCUGGUCAACAACACCAUCUUUGCUUCAUUGGCUGUGAAGUAUGACUACCACAAGUACUUUAAAGCUGUCUCUCCCGAGCUCUUCCAUGUCAUUGACGACUUUGUGCAGUUUCAACUUGAGAAGAACGAGAUGCAAGGGAUGGACUCUGAGCUUAGGAGAUCCGAGGAGGAUGAGGAGAAAGAAGAAGAUAUCGAAGUCCCCAAGGCCAUGGGGGACAUUUUUGAGUCUCUCGCUGGUGCCAUUUAUAUGGACAGUGGGAUGUCUCUGGAGGUUGUCUGGCAGGUGUACUACCCAAUGAUGCGGCCGCUAAUAGAAAAAUUUUCUGCAAACGUGCCCCGUUCUCCAGUGAGAGAAUUGCUUGAGAUGGAACCAGAAACUGCCAAGUUUAGCCCAGCAGAGAGAACUUACGAUGGGAAGGUCAGAGUCACCGUGGAAGUGGUGGGAAAGGGGAAAUUUAAAGGUGUCGGCCGGAGUUAUAGGAUCGCAAAGUCUGCUGCAGCAAGAAGAGCCCUCCGCAGCCUCAAAGCUAACCAGCCUCAGGUUCCUAACAGCUGAAGCCUUCAGAUGUGCAGACAGCAAGACGGUGAACCAAAAUCACAGAAACACAUCAAAGGAUGAUUCAGAGUUGACAUGGAGCAGAGUAUUGAAGGCAGAAUUUAAAGUUUGAUAACAAGAUAGAUAACAGAAUAAAACAUUUAAUAUGUGUAUAAACUUUUUGGAACUAAUUGUAGUUUUAGUUUUUUGCGCAAACACAAUCUUGUCUUCUUUCCCCACUUCUGCUCUGUUUAAAUCACAAGAGUGCUUUAAUGCCGGCAUUUAGCAAGUUUUGAAAUCAUUUUGACGUUUUUGUUGUUGUUGUUGUUGUUGUUGUUGUUGUUUUGGUUUUUGCAUUUAAUUUCUGUUGACUUUGCUUGGUGUUAAGAGGCCAUGGAGCUUGACCCUCUAGAAGUCCCUAGAACUGGGUAGAGUCCUCUGGCCUUGCAGUCCCUCAAUACUAGUGCCUAUCCUGCAGCAGUUGUCGAGCCCAGCAGGACAGAAUAGCUGUGACAGAAUCACCAGUGUUGUUGGGUGCAGAGCAGACUCCCGGGCUCUGUUGCACUUAAUAGUAAGGGACAGAUUUGAGUCAGUGUUGGCUGUUGAUGAGUCAAGCCCAGGUUUUCUGAAGCCACAUAGUGCUGCAUAGAGAGGGUUCUUGCCUUAAAAGUAGAGACUUGAUAGUUUUCUUACUUUUUGGUCUUUUGGGAACAGAUUGUUUUGCUUUUCCUUUAUCUUAUUAUGCAUUAGAUGAGAUGGGGUGACACAGCCCACUAGGGUUCUUGCAAUAGAACGAUUGCAGGUAGGAUUUCUGUUACACGUGUAUAUACACUAAAGACAUUCUCAAAGCAGGGUGAGUAGUUUGGAGUUUAAAGCAUCAUUAUAGACAGGGCAUGUGACUAGGUGCCUAGUUUUCCUCAGACCUUCCUGUCAGGUAGUCCUAGUGGUGGAAAUUCUUGCCCAGUUGAUGUUGUUUUAACAAAAGGACCCUGAGAUGCAGUACACCUAGAGAUGCUGCAGGUUUGUAAUGGAGCUGAGCCUCAUUUAGAGUGGCAGAGCAGCACAUCUGCUCCUGUCCAUGUCCCGACUGUGCCUGCAGUGUUGCCAGCAUCACCAAAGCUGUGCCGUUUAUGCUUGGGGUCAGCAUUGAGGUGGACUGCCAGGACUGACACACCUGGGGUGGAGGUCACUAGUUUCGAUAAACUCGGUCAUUAGUUCCAUCUCAGAGUAAAAGGAACUAACGCUUUUUAGGCAUUCCUGGAGCUUCUUGGUAAGGUUGUAGGCACUCUUCACUCACACACCUCAGUUACCCUCCUUUUGCGUGCAUUUUCCCAGUUGGUGCUAUGUUUAUGUAUCAUGCUUGAAGUUUAAUUUUUGCACUGUGACUAUAAUACCUCUUGAUUUCCAUUUUUAAAAUGCUCUAUGGGUUGGUCAUACCCUCCCACUGACAUGGUAGAGGUUUGCUGCAAUUUGCCCUAUUAUGCUUGAAGUUUCAGCAGGCUGAGCCAGGGUGGCUCUUACUUCCACACAUCCUUCUGAGGCUGAUGCUUCAUGUAAUGCUGCACUUAGGUUUAAAUUACUAUUGGUUUUGCUGUGCACCAUCCACCCACGAGAUACCUGUGUAUGUGUGUGUGUGUGUGUGUGAACACACAGAAGCUGUCGGACCCACUUUCUGAGGAACCUCAAGUGAAGGGAAUAGUGAGUUUCUCCAGGAUCAUUUGUUGGCACUAGUCUUAAACUUAAAUUGGGAUUUAAAUUAUUAAGUGAGUUUUUUUGAGGAAAUUAAUUUGGGUGACUUGUUUUAAAUAUUUGAUUCUGAUUGAGAUUGUAGUUAUCGAUUUGAUUUAAAAUACCCCCACUCCCCAUGCAUACACACAAAUCUUAAUGCAAGACAUCAUAGCAAGUUCAAACCAGGUGAUCUUUUGAAUGUUGUAGCUAUAACUUUGACAGUUAGAUAGUAAGGGGGUGGGGCUUGGGGAGGUGGAGUUUGUUGUCCUAUCAUAGUCUCUUGGUAAUUUAUAAACUACCUGAUUCUCUGCAUUGUGACUCAUGAAUUUAUCCCUGUGUCAUGGAAUGCUCUUAUCCUAGCACCAAAAUCAGAUUGUUUCACAGUUCCGAUUCCUGGUGGUAGAAAAAUGCCUCAAUAUAUUUUGUGACCAUAAGCAGAGUAUUUUUUUUUUAAUAUUAAAAAGUUCAGAGUCGGAUAUGAUUAGAUCAUCCAUUCUCAGGGCUCAGACUUCCUCCACUAUUCAGAAUGUUUUAUCAACAGCAAACUUGGGCUGUUUUCCUUUUUUUUUUUUCCUUGUUAGAUGAACGUUAAUAUGACUCACAGUUUGAAGCAUUUUGUGAUUCACCCAGAGACCAAGUUGAAAAAAUAAAAAGUAUGAGUUAGACACAUGAUGAUCAGGAACGCUUCUGGGUUGUGGCGUUUCCCUGGUUGAAAGGCUUUGCAUUUCAGAGAAAAGUCACUCUCACCUGGCUUAAUGACUUAGUGUUCCUCCUCUGCCAGUGUAGCAGAUCUGAGGCGGAGAAGAUGGCCAGUGCCUGGAACAGCUGGUGAGGUCCACUGAGGAGGCAGCUGCAGAAGGUCCUCCUGCUGCUCCUUUGUGGCUUUACAGUCCUAGCCAUGCUACGUCUUACGUGGCUCUGUCCUCUGUUCUGCCCGUGCUGCACAGGCAAGGACAGUGCUCGGUAUGCUCUACCUUCUUCCAGGGUUAAUCUAGAGGAAGGGACAUGGUUGGGCCUUGCUGCAGUUCUGAUUUUCAAAUUUGAGAAGAUACUGUGAUGUCUGCAGCCUUGUCACACAUUUGCACAACUUAGAUAUUAUUACGUCUGUGGCGUUUUCUUUUUCUAUUUGUAAGGUGAAAGCAUGGCAGAAAUUUUUGACUGAACACUUAAUUAUGCUUUUAAAAUGUUUUGGUUACAUUUCUUUUUUUUUUUUUGUAUUAUGUGAAAUGAUUAAAUUUAGAAUGACCUCUAGCUAGCACUCCUAUAAUUAUCCUUUAAAAUACAGAUGUUUGUAUUUUCCUGACAGUCGCCCGCCCUCAGAAAGAUGCAGACGUGCUGUCUAGUUAGCAGGGAUUUGAGGUUGCUUUGUUCUGCUCUUCAGUUCCUGUGUGACUGCAGAGCACCGAGAACAGCCAAAACCCCACAACCACCCGGUUUGCUUGUAGGGGCCUGUUGAUUUCCCUGCUCAGUGAAGGCGUCUAAUCCUUCUGCACAAAGUUAUACUAGCAAACCGAGGCCUUGCACCUUUAUUUCAUGGACCUGAGCUGAGCCUAUAUCCUCGUCCUUAGCUGAUGUCGUGUCUGCAGGGGCACUCGGGUUUUGUGUGUCUCCCCUGUGCUUGAUUUAACGAUGUCCAAGAACCUAUAGUUCCCACCUGCUGAUUACUUUUCUGGAAUUUAAUUAUUUCUCAAUAAAUUUUGUAUUUUAUAUUGUACACCAGACAUUUUAAAGAUAUGUUUAAGACCAAGAAUAGUUAAAAUGAUUGUAAAAGUUGUGUGUCUGGCAUGGAGACCGUGUGCUAUCCACUAGCAGGGAAAAUGAUCACCUCAAACUAACUUGCGUAUAUUAGUUUAAUCAUUAUUUUAUUCUUAUUCAGUUUUCUUUGAAGAACAACCACAGACAGUUUAAAUGUUACAAAUGCCCUCAGAAUUCACCUCAGCUCUGCUGGUUCUGUAGCAAAAGUGCAGAGGUGAAUGGGAAGAACACGGCUGCCUUUGCUGUAAAUAAAGGGAAAUGGCUAAGGUGAAGUCAGACUGACAGUUCUGCUGACAAUAAACCAUGGCCAUCACAUGCUGCAGCUUUUUAAAGACACGUAGUUCAUGCACAUGGCUGUCACUGCAGGUCUGCGGUCAGCACCUUAUGGAUCACAGUUAUCUUUAGUUGUUUGUUUUGUUUUCAUUUUUCUUUUUAAUAAUUGUAGCCAAUAAAGUUAUGGUCUGUUCA